AUGGCCGGGCUUUCAAUGCUGUAUAAUGCAGCCAUUGCAAGUACUUUUAUGAAAAUCUUGCUUUUUCCAUGCUAUCGCUCGACCGACUUUGAGGUUCACAGAAACUGGCUAGCCAUAACUCAUUCAUUACCCAUUUCGCAAUGGUACACUUCAGCAAUUUCGGAGUGGACAUUGGACUAUCCUCCUUUUUUUGCUUAUUUUGAAUUUGUUCUUUCCUGGAUCGCGAAGUUACUCGGUUUUGACGCAGAAAUGCUAAACCCAUACAAUUUGAAUUAUGCGUCUCCUUCAGUAGUAAUAUUUCAAAGAAGCUCAGUUAUUGUUUCAGAGUUAGUACUUUUAUGGGCCUUGCGCGAAUAUGUGUAUUCAUAUCCUGAGAUCAAUAGGGGAAAUGCUGUACUCACUGCGAUAGACACAUUUUUAUCACCUGGAUUUCUCAUUAUAGAUCACAUUCAUUUCCAGUAUAAUGGUUUUCUUUUUGGAUUACUGAUUUGGUCUCUAAUUUUAGCCAAGCAUAAUCGAUUGCUGCUGUCAGCUGCAGUCUUCACGACCCUCAUCUGCUUCAAGCAUAUAUUUUUAUACGUUGCUCCGGCUUACUUUAUAUACCUUUUACGAGUGUAUUGCUUGAGUGAAUCCGGGUUCCGUCCGCAAAUAUUCAACACUAUUAAGUUGGGGCUCACAGUUAGUAGUAUUUUCCUUUUAGCAUUUGGCCCUUGGAUUUACAUGGGACAAAUUCCACAACUCUUUACUCGACUUUUCCCAUUUUCUAGAGGUCUUUGCCAUGCUUAUUGGGCACCUAAUUUCUGGGCACUUUACUCUUUCUUCGACAGAGUAGCUUAUGCUUUCUUACCUCGCCUUGGAUAUUCUUUUCCUGAGGUACCUUUUACGAACGCUCCUACACGUGGGCUGGUUGGAGACACGAUGUUUUCGGUCUUGCCAAAUAUUUCUCCCUCUUUUACUUUUUAUUUAUGCCUGGCUUUGCAAGGUUGCGUACUUUUAAAGUUGUUUCUCCGUCCCACUUGGCGCGUUUUUGUUGGAGCCACCACUUUGUGCGCUUGGAUUAGCUUUCUGUUUGGUUGGCAUGUUCAUGAAAAGGCAAUCCUUAUUGUCAUCAUUCCUUUCAGUAUUCUUUCUUUAAUAGACCGUCGUUACCUGGAAGCUUUCCGUCCAUUAGCCGUUGCAGGAUAUAUCUCUUUGCUUCCUUUGUUAUUUACCUCUCAGGAAGCUCCCAUCAAGUAUCUUUUUACUGGCGCAUGGGUCGCUGUUCUUUUGCAUUUUGAUAAAAAUGCGCCCGUCCCUGUUAAAAGAGUAUUUUUGCUCAAUAGAGUUAAUCUUGCUUAUGUGGCUGGGUUUGUUCCUUUGUUUAUUUACAACUCAUUUCUUCACAAUUUCAUAUUUGGCGGGCGAUUUGAGUUCUUGCCAUUAAUGCUUUUAAGUACGUAUUCGGCUUGGGGAAUUUUUUGUGCUUUUAUCAGUCUCUCUUGGCUAUAUUUUACUGAUUUGAAAUAG